AUGGCCACCUACGCUGUUUUUGGCGCCACUGGCAACUGCGGCAGCUCGCUCGUCGAAGUGCUGCUUCCUCUGCAAGAUAUCACAAUACACGCGUACUGCCGAAAUGAGUCCAAACUCCGGGCCAUGUUCCCUGAGGCGGUCGAGUCGGGCCGGAUCAAGAUCUUUUCAGGGAACAUCGACAACGUCGCGGUAUUCAAGGAAUGCUUGCGCGGCUGCCGUGCUGUCAUGCUGGCCGUGACCAUGAACGACAACGUCCCGCGCGUGCGAGUAGCACAGGACACUACGCGCACGCUACUGACGGCUCUCAAGGAAAUACGGGCGGAAGAUCCCCAGGCUAAGAUGCCCAAGAUCACCGUAUUGUCCUCGGCCAGUCUCGAACCGAGCAUGUGUACAAACCUGGCCGCGCCAAUGCACUGGAUCGUGACACACGCCAACUCCAACACCUAUGCCGACCUCCGUGUACAGGAAAGUUUGCUGCGCGCCGAGGAAUCAUGGCUGACCAGCAUCUUUGUCAAGCCGGGUGGCCUGGUGAAGGACAAACAACGCGGCCACCGCCUGAACCUCACGACGCAGGAAACCUUCGUGUCCUACCUCGACUUGGCGGCAGCAAUGGUUGAAGCCACCGAUGACCCCGAAAAUCGCUACGACAUGAGAGAUGUAAGCGUUAACAAUGUUGACGGUAGUGCCAAGUUCCCAAAGAAGCUCCCCCUACUGGCUUUCUAUGGAAUUUUGAGGCAUUACUUCCCUUGGCUACACCCUUAUCUUCCCAUGCUAGGGUGA